UGGGCUGCCCGCGCGACCCCAAGAUGGCGGCGCUGGCUGAGGUUGAGGCGGCCGAGGAGGCUCCGGCGUGACCGGCCUUCGCCUCGCUCCCGCCACUCCGCUCGGGCCAUGGCCGCCGGCUGGGCUUCCCCGGGCGGCGCGGCGCAGUGAGGCGAGAAUGUGCGAGAGCUACUCGCGCUGGCUGCUGCGCGUGUCGGUGGCGCAGGUGUGCCAGGCGCUGGGCUGGGACUCGGUGCAGCUCUCCGCCUGCGACCUCCUCACCGACGUCCUCCAGCACUACCUGCACGCCUUGGGCCGCGGCUGCCGGCGCUACUGCGAACUCUAUGGUCGGACAGAUCCAAUUUUGGAGGAUGUUGAGGAUGCCUUCAAGCUUAUGGGGGUCAACCUGCAUGAACUGGAAGAUUACAUACUCAAUAUUGAGCCAGUCACUUUCACGCAUCAAAUCCCCUCGUUCCCUGUCAGCAAAAAUAAUGUCUUGCAGUUCCCGCAGCUUGGAAGCAAAGAUGCAGAAGAAAGGAAAGAGUACAUUCCUGAUUACAUGCCACCCAUUGUCUCUUCUCAAGAAGAGGAGGAGGAGGAGCAGGUGCCGACAGAUGGAGGAACAUCAGCAGAAGCCAUGCAGGUACCUUUGGAAGAGGACGGCGAGAUGGAAGAAGACGAGGCUGUUAACGAUGAAAAUUACCUAGGCAAGAGACCGCUGGAGAGCCCGGAGUCUGAGGAAAUGCCUGCUACGAAGCGGCCAAGAUUAUCCAGCAUCAAAGUUGAGGAGGGGAUUCUGGAACCUCGUGAGCCUCUUAGUUCUAUCAACACCCAGAAGAUCCCUCCAAUGCUCUCCCCAGUUUGUGUCCAGGACAGCGCUGAUCUGGCUCCUCCCUCUCCAGAACCUCCCAUUCUGGAUCUCAUUUCAAAAUCCCAGUUGCCUGUGGCCAAACCUUUGGAUUCUAAAGUAUUUGUGCCCAAAGCAAAGGGGAAAACAAGCUCUCCGGGCCAGAAAACUAAAACGCCCAAAGUGUCUCCAUCCCCAGCCGUCAUGGGAAGCCCCCUUCGCUCGCCAAAGACCGGACCCAAAGAGAAGAAGUCGCCAGGCCGGGCCAAGAGCCCGGAGAAGUCUCCCAAAGAGCUGGUUCCAGCUCAUGUUCCCCCAGUGGCAAUUAAACAGGAGGCGCCAAGUCGGACCCCGUUAACAGCAUUAAGCGAAACGAUGGGGAAGGAGAACGUCCAGGUAAAACUGGGCCCUGCCCCAGCUGACCCCGGGAAACCAAGCAGUGAGAACCCAACUAAGAAAGUGGCAGUGCUCGACAAGACCAUUGAUGACUCCAUUGAUGCCGUCAUCGCCCGUGCUUGUGCUGAACGAGAUCCCGACCCGUUUGAGUUUUCUUCAGGGUCGGAAUCGGAGGGGGAUAUUUUUACCAGCCCGAAAAGACUUUCUGUGUCAGAGACGACGACACCAAAAGUUUCCGUUGUGGCCAGCAGCAGUUUAAAUAAGCCCGGGCUCCCGCUAGUUCCUCCUUCUGGUGGAACGUCAAGCUCAGACAUUUCAUGGACAAUGGAUGACUCAAUCGACGAGGUCAUUCGGAAGGCAAACAUGGGCGCUCCUGCCAAUUUGCCGGCCAACUUCUCUUAUUUCUCCUCUCCUUCUGCUUCUCCGCCCACCCCGGAGCCCCUGCUGAAGGUUUACGAAGAGAAAACUAAGCUGGCUUCGUCGGGGGAGGUGAAAAAGAAGCUGAAGAAAGAGCUGAAGACAAAAAUGAAAAAGAAGGAGAAACAGAAGGAGAAGAACAAGGAGAAGAACAAAGAGAAGGAGAAGAACAAGGAGAAAGACAAGGAAGGCGGCAAAGAGGGCAAGUGUCCCUGGAAGGACCUGAUGAAGGAUGAAGAUUUGGACCCCUACGAAAUCUGCUAAAAUGUAAAGGACUUUGACAGCCGAGACAAAGAGGUGAAGCUGAAAGAGGGCGGGGCACCAAAAGAAGCGGAGAAGCAUAAGGAGAAGAAGAAAGAUAAGGAGAAGAGCAAGAAGGACAAAGAGAAGAAAGAGAAAGGUAAAGAUAAAAACAAAGACAAGGCGAAAGUUUCCUCGGCUCCACUUCUCCUGCCAUCCAAAGAUCUGCCCUUGCCCUUGUUCAGCACCCCGGCCGCCCUGAAGCUGCCCUCGCUCCUGCCCCCCCUCUCGUCAAUACUUCCCGAGAAGCUGUUUGAGGAAAAGGAGAAGCCGAAAGAGAAGAAGAAAGACAAAAAGGAGAAGAAAAAGAAGAAGGAGCGGGAGAAGGAAAAGGAGAAGAAGGAGAAGGAAAAGGAGAAGAAGGAGAAGGAGAAGAAAGAAAAGGAAAAAGAAAAGCACAAGCAUGAAAAACAGAUCAAAAUGGAGCCUGUCGUUCCUGCACCGUCUCCAGUAAUCCCCAGGCUGACUCUAAGAGUGGGGGCCGGUCAAGACAAGAUUGUUAUCAGCAAAGUAGUCUCGACGCCGGAGGUUAAGCCAUCCCCUCUUUUGGCUCGGCCCAAAACCCCACCGCCUCCCCCAUCUCCAGCACCGGCUCCUGUCCACGUAAACCCUCCUCCUCCUCCGGUCAUUCCCCCGCUGCCUCCAGCCGCCAUUUCCCCAGCUCUGAUUCCUCCUCCAUCUCCUGCGAUGUCCGCCACUGGAGGCUCCAAAGCCCCCGUUCGGAGUGUGGUUACGGAAACCGUCAGCAAUUAUGUGAUCCGAGACGAGUGGGGCAACAAGAUCUGGAUCUGCCCCGGCUGCGAGAAGCCAGACGACGGCAGUCCGAUGAUUGGCUGUGAUGGCUGCGACGACUGGUAUCACUGGCCUUGCGUUGGGCUUACGGCAGCUCCCCCCGAAGAAAUGCAGUGGUUCUGCUCCAGGUGUGCCAGCAAGAAGAAAGAUAAAAAACACAAGAAAUGGAAACACAAAACCCACUGAAGCCGUUGCGGAGAUUUCCCAGACUGUCGCUUCAGCACUUCUGCCUCGAUUUCUUUUGUGGAGGAAUUCAGCCGACUCGUUCGUCCCCAUCAAGUUUCUGAGGAUGUGAUUGUCGGGGAGAAUCAGGGAUAAGCUUAGGCGGUCUGUUACCAGCCAGAAUUUUCCUUCUCUCUCUCUCUCUCUCUCUCUUUUUUUUUAAGUUGCCCCUUUCAUCAUCAAGCAGCUCAGAUCUUGAUCAAGAAUCACCUGCCAUGGACUUAUCGGCUGAAAAGCGGUGAACUGAGCAACGCUUCUGUGAUGGCAGGCACAUCGACGUUUGUAAAUACCUCUGCCCUGUCCUGUUUGUUUCUUCUUCUUCUGAGCCUCUACCCAGGAGAAAUGGGAAAGGACUUGCUAUCUGAGUGACUGUCCUCGAGGCAGGAGAUUGGGGGAGGGGGACGACGACACUCAGAAAGAUUUUGAAAGCUCUCCGCUUCCUAUCCCACAGUCAGAUAAUCAUAAAUGACAUGGGGUGGGGGCGAAGCGGCUGGUAAAUAUUUUUGUGAUGAGAAUAUAUGAUUUUUUUCUUCUCUUUCCUCCUUUCCACCCCCCCCCCCCCCCGAUUUUUGAGACUUAACACGAAUAAAGAAUGCUUGAGCUUUUUGUGAAAUAACUUUUUUAAGAAAGAAAA